CUGUAUAGUUCCUGUACAUCAUCAUAUUUAAUCACUUUGCUCGUGUUCCUCAACGUACGGUGUUGGGUAGGGUGUCAAUCUUCGUGCUGUAACGAGUUUACUAUUCUUUCAAUACGAUCGUUACGUUUUCCGUGUAUGUCAUAGUAUAAAUCAGUAAACAAUCGCAGUCUUUCUCUACAAAAUGAAGCUUUCUACAUUAAUAUUUUUAGUAAUUUUUUCCUUUACUGCUUCUCUUGCAAAAAUUGAAACUGAAGAUGCCGUUUUAGUGCUCACAAAAGACAAUUUCGAUGAGGCCAUUGCACAAAAUGACUAUAUGCUUAUUGAAUUUUAUGCUCCAUGGUGCGGACAUUGCAAGGCUUUGGCUCCAAAAUAUGCCAAAGCAGCUAAGAAAUUACAGGAAAUUGAUUCCUCUGUAAAGUUAGCUAAAGUUGAUGCAACUGUGGAAUUUAAAUUAGCUGAAAUGCAUGGUAUUAAUGCAUACCCGACCCUUAAAUUCUAUCGUAAAGGGGCUUUCAUUGAUUACAGCGAUAGUCGCGAAGUAGAUGAUAUUGUAAAUUGGGUAAUAAAAAAGAGUGGUCCAGCUGCUAAAGAUUUACCAACAGUCGAUGAAGCUAAAUCAUUUAUUGAAGCACAUGAUAUUGCCAUUGUUGGAUUCUUUAAGGAUGUAGAAUCACCUGAAGCGAAAGUAUUUAUGGAAGUUGGUAAUGCUAAUGAUUAUAUGUUUGGUAUUACUAGCAACGAGGAAGUUUUUAAAGAAUAUGGUGUGGAGGAUGGCAAAGUUGUUUUAUUCAAGAAGUUUGAUGAAGGCAAAAAUGAGUUCAGUGGUGAACUUAGUGUUACACAACUCGAGAACUUUAUUGCUGUACAUUCGUUCCCAUUAGUCGUCGAAUUUAAUGAACAUACUGCACCAAAGAUUUUCAGUGGUGAUAUUAAGAGUCACCUUCUUCUGUUCCUUAGCAAAGAAGCUGGUCAUUUCGAUGAAUAUGUAGAAAAAAUUAAAGAACCAGCAAAGAAAUUCCGUGGAGAGGUCUUAUUCGUUACUAUUAAUACCGAUGAGGCUGAUCGUACGCGCAUUUUAGAAUUCUGUGGCUUGAAAAAGAGCGAUGUACCUGUCAUGCGUAUUAUUGAAGUUAAAAAUGACAUGGCUAAGUAUAAACCAGAAAAACCAGAAUUAUCCAAUGAAAAUAUUUUGGAAUUUGUGACUGGAUUUGUUGAGGGUACACUGAAGAGACACUAUUUCAUGCAAGAGUUGCCUGAGGAUUGGGACAAAAACCCUGUGAAAGUACUUGUUGGCAGUAACUUCCAUGAAGUUGUAAAUAAUAAGUCGAAGAAUGUUUUAGUCGAAUUCUAUGUUACAUGGUGUACACACUGCCAGAAAUUAAUGCCUAUUUUCGAAGAACUUGGAGAGAAAUACAAAGACAGUGAAGAUGUAGUCAUAGCAAAAAUUGACGCUGCUGAAAAUGAAUUACCCGAUGUAGAAAUCAUUAAUUACCCCACAAUUAUUCUAUUUAAAAAAGAAACUAACGAAGCUGUACAAUACUAUGGUGUGAGAACACUUAAAGGGCUUACCAAAUUCCUAGAGACUGAUGGUGCUUAUGGCCGAGCUGUAGACGAAGCCCAAGAAGAAGUUGAAGAUGACGAUGUGCCAAGAAAAGAUGAAUUAUAAAAAUUAUAUCAUUAAGAAGUAAAUCAAAUAAUUUCUCCACAUCUAUUUGAAGUUAAUAAACUUCGUAAUUCUACUUAAAUAAUAUUAUCUUUGCGAAUGAAUGCCGCUGAGUAAACUGCAUUAGUUUUUUUAUGUACAAGGUUGAAAAUUAUCGUUUUGGUCACAAGUUAUUAUAAAAUAGGAAUGAUUAAUAGCUAAUCUUAUAGGAGAAAUUGAGAGUUUCUCUUGCUUCACAAUGCGUUUUAAGUACUCAGUUUAACACAUGCUUACGUAACUUAAUUCAUAGUUAUCUACUACAACAGCGGCGGCUUUCUAUCUUAUACAAGAAAAACUCAUUUGCUUGGCGAUAUUUGUUUGCAAAGAGUUAGCAUUUAUAGGAGACUUCUUAAUCAUUCAUCUUCAUUUUGUUACUUUUAAAUUUAAGUUUAUAAACAAUUUUUUAACGUGUAGGUAAUUAACACUAAACGUACUGCGAUCGGUAAAAUGACCCGUUUUAAAAUUUUACUUGAAAUUCUGCGUUUUCUUUCGCUCAUUUAAUUUUAUAUCAAUUCCUGUAUUGUCCCAUUAAUCAGUUUUCCAAUUUUUAUAUUUUCCUUUGUUUCUGUUCCCAUUAAGAAAAAUUAAGCGCCUAACUUACUUAAUUUUCUUUUGUAGCUAGUUAUUUGACGGUAGAAAUAGAUAUAUACAAAGUGUUGGUACGUUUAGUGUUGAUCGUUAAGAAUUUACUUGCAUUUUUUAACAGGGUUUGUUUAUAUUGGGCGAAUUACCUAAAAUUAAAUUUGCAAAUAUUUAUUUCUGGGGAUAUAAAAACAUUCAAGAGACAGAAGUGUGUUGUUGCAAAGAACCAAUGUUUGUAAUUUUAGUUUAAGGUAAUUCUUUACGUAAUAGUAUAUUAUAAGAAUAUAUUAUAAGCAUGUUGUACUGAUAUGAUCUACAUAAUGAGCGCAGUUAACACUUUGA